AUGGCAAUGCACGAUGCGACCAGCCUCGCUUCCGAGCUACUGAACAAGCUUUCGGAGCUCGAGCAAAAGGUGGAAUCCCAUCGCCAAGACAUGGCCUGCGAAUUUCAGAGAUACUCUCGUAAUCUGCUGCAGAAUGUUCCCAAUGAUCUCUCUGCCAGGGUUGAAAAGACCAUCAAGGAUUCCAUGCACCAGUAUCCCGCCCUCCAACCAGCUCUAAACCUCGACAAUCCAUUCAGAAAUGAGUCACCGAGGAAGACUCACAUGGAUAACGAUAAUGGGCACAGCAACACAACGACGGCGACAGACACCCACUCUCCUCCUCAAGACAAGAAAUCCACCAAGCCUUCACCACCGCCACCCCUGCUGCCUCACAAGACUCCCGCGCCAUCUUCGUCCGACAAUGACAAUACCCCGAGAAGUCCGCACGAGCGCGAGAGAGAGUUUCAGGGUUUGUUCACACCAAGUUACUUGCCUUUGCUUGAUGGCCGCGAGAACGACAACAACAGACUGCCGCCUGCACCAGCACCCAGUUUACCCGCAACAUUGCUUCCGUCUCCAAAUCAGAGCAAUGAGCUAACCAAUGUCUCGGCCAAAGACGAGAAAACAGCGGUGGGCUUGACUGUAGCUAUAACUCGACCUGAUCCCGUCAGAAAUCCCACCGAAGAAACCAUCUCCUCCGUCGCAUCAGAUGACAGCUCCAGUAAGCAACAUCGGCGAAGUGCUCUUCGUCGUUCCUCGAGCUCAUCUGCUAAAGCCCCCAGCCCUCGCCGCGUGCGCUUCGAGGUUGAGGGUGGAGAAGUGCUGCCUACUGCUUCGCCACUCAUGUCACCUCGUGUCAUUGAGCACAUGCAGUCACCACUCUCUAACACGACCAAUAUUCUGUCCUCAUCGUAUGACUCAGAUGCUCCCGAAUCAGUAGACGAUGGUGCAAGUCUCCUGGGCAGCUCCCCACCACAACCCAGGAAGACAUCUUCAACAGAUAAGCUCAAGGCUAUGGCACGUAAUUCUUCCGAGGAUACCUCCCAGUGGUCCUUGGUAGGCAAUCUACAGGAUAUGGACGCAGACGAGGAAACCUUGGUCAUGGGCUCGCGAAAAGGAACCAAAACAACCCCAGGAGCAACGUCAACCAGCACUGGAGGCACUGGACGGCCGAAUGUGGAGAGGAUCUCAGGCACGGUGGAACAUGUGGAGACGGUAGAGGCUGACCCCAAUGGAUCCGAGGCCUACGAUGAGGAAGAGGAUGAUGAUCUUCUGGAAAUGCCUGCAUUGACUUCCUUCAAGACCAAGAAGCGAUUUUCACCUCCCCAGGCAAGCAUUAGUGAGCCAGAUUCCAAGAAAUCUCAGGAUCAAGCCACCAUCACAAAGGCUUCUCAGAACAACAUGAGGAAGUCUCAAGGUGUUUCAAUCAAGCCUCAGUCUGUUGAAAGCAAACAGACGAAAUCUCAAUCGAACACCAGCAUGCAGUCAGCUACCCUGGUAGAGGACGAUGAGCUGUUUGAUUGGGAAGAGGACGAGGAUGCUCCUGUGGACCAAAGGAGCAAACAGGGCUCGGCACAGAAAACAUCCAAAUAUCUCCCGGAUGUGGAAGAUGAAGAUGUUGAUGAGGCUGUUGAGAAUGAGCCCGAGGUAGAUACUACGACUUUGCUCUCAACGUCGCCAGCAAUUCCUAUUGCCAAACCCGCACCAGCUGCAACAUCUCCACCUUCAAGACAUUUCAAAGAAGCCGUUGGAUCAUAUAACGGGAAACCGUUUACGAUAUCGAGUGUCAAGGAUCAUUCAAUUCUCGAGAAAGCAGCGAAGAUGGGAAAUGUUUAUUCAUUCGUUGGCAGCGUUGAUGGUCGAAGUGGCGUGGAUGAGUCCACGAGUUAUCGUCCCGAAGUGGUACCUUUUAAUGGCACACCGCGGAGUUUUAGUCAGAGGCUCAUGAUGGAGGAAUUUGAGGAAUCGAGACGUCGAAGCCCGAGAAAUGGUGCAAAUGAGUGA